CCCCGCGAGAGGGUCGAGCAGUGUCGCGCGAUACGUCGAACGACGAGGGUGUUUCGCAACGUCCCUUAACGCGGCGGCGGUGGUGACACGCGGUGCUCCCUUCGACGAUUCUCGCGAUUUAAUCGUUCCCAAACGAUUCGUUCCCGCUUCCCGCGUUCGCUCGAAGCAGCCGGCGUUUCUCCGAAUUGUUCUCCGUGCGCUCCGAUUUUAUAUCGCGCGCGGUUGUUGUCGUCGCUUCGCUCGAACACGUGUCGACCGCGGUUUUCAUUGUCGCAAGUGAUAUCGCGAUUCGUACGUUGCGAACGGCUGCUCUCGCGCCGUUCGCCGAUUCUCCCGCGUUUGCUUUUCUUUUUUCGAAACGAGAACACCGGCUUCCGCGAGCGAGAUCAUCCCCCGGUCGCUUUCCAAGGGAUGGAUUGAUAGGAGGCGGGCGGAGACGUCGCGUUCGGUUCGCAGUCGUGUGUCGGUAGAACGUGUGUCGCGGGCGUUCGUGAGUUGGUUUUCGAACAGUGAGAAAAGUGCGGGAAUGCGGCGCAGUUGACUCGUUCUUGAAUUAGUUCGUGCCACGGCCCGACCGGGACUAAUUUCGAUCACCGAACGAUGCCCGCUGCGGGCAGAUUCUCCUCCGGCAAUCGCGGCUCGCGCGUCUGCUAUUGACUCUGUGCUGCUGUGGAGUUUAUUCGAGGACACGAUGGGACUUAGAAACCACGGGAAACUGGGCCUGCUGGUCGCUGCGACGAUCCUCGCCGCUGUCGUAAAAGAUGGGAGCGCUGAAGACGAUAAUCUGGAUACGGCUGUUCAGGAUUAUACAACCGACGAAGACUACAAUGAUCUCUUCGAUGCUACCACCAAUGGAACUGACGUAGAGGCGACAUCAGGGUCUAAAAGCGGCACAUUGAAAUUCAUACGAACCCUAACGAAUAUUACAAGGGAUGCCGGAGUGGCGGCUAAUAUGAGAUGCGAGGUCGUCGGCGAUCCUCCGCCAACCAGGAUCAAAUGGUUCAAGAACGAAGCGCCCCUCGAGGAGAGACGGCCGAAAAUCACUAUCAAAAAGAUCCACGCACAGGCACACGAGCACGCCGCAAAGAACAUCGCCGGCAGUCGACUGAAGAUCAUCAAUCUGGACGUGUCUGACGUAGGGUUUUACACUUGCCGCGUCACAAACGGCAAAGAUCAAAUACAAAGCGAGGGAACGCUUCGCGUGGACUCCUCUAAAAGCAGACACCUCCCCAUUGGUCAAACAUCCAGCGAUGAUAGAUUCUCUCCGGACAUGUCUGGUGGUAGCGAUUUUCUCGACAGCAUUAGACCUGGGGAUGGCUUAGACCUCUCAGGGUCUGGGAUGUCAACGCCACACAUCUCUCACCUGGCAUCGACAAAUCCAUUUAGCAUAUUAUCACCAAGUCCACAACCGACUAGUUCUCAGUCUAGUACCACAGACAUGCAUACAAUCGGCGGCCUUACAAACGUCAAUAUGCACUUAUCUCCUGGGAGAAAUGACAAUCAUGAAGGAAAAUGUGAGAUAUACGUUGGAAAAACAUGUGCACAAUUUCUAGCAAAGGAAUCAGUUUAUAUUCCAUAUUCAAUGACCCAAGAAUUACUUGAUGAUAAAUUAAUGAAAGCUUUCGGUGUUAUAGAGUACUCGAAUGAGGUCUCAUCGAAUUGCGAAGGCUAUGCAAAACCAUCUUUAUGUUACUCUGCAUUUCCGAUAUGCCGAGAUCCUGCCAGUAUUCUGAAGCUCAAGGAUGCAAAGAGAAUGUUUCAUAGUUUAAGUAACAAUCAAGAUGAUCUAUCGAAAGACACGGGUGAUGGCGAUGACAUAGGUGAUAUUACAAGGGCGCAUGGUAUUCCCAGAAAGCGAAGUCCCACUUUGGGUCCUGGUUCCGAAUUUAAUCCAUUCAUCGACGGGAAACCUUCCACGAAGAAGCUGCUCAGCCAAAGUUACGGCGAGACGCUGUUCUCUGGCCGGAACGACAUCAAUCGUAAAUUACGGAGGAUUUGUCGACAAGAGUGCGAAGUGUUGGAGAAUGAUCUAUGCAGAAAGGAGUAUGCAAUUGCUAAGAGACAUCCACUGAUUGGACAUCAAGUGCCUUUAAUUAACUGUUCUGAUUUGCCAAUGGAAAACACCCCUGAGGCUCGUGAAUGUUUAAGUCUUGGUAUUUCUACAGAGAACAAUGUGCAAGAGAACGAUUAUUGUUAUUGGGGAAACGGUAAAACUUAUCGGGGUAUAGUGAAAACAAGCAUUAGUGGAAGACCGUGCUUGCAAUGGUUGGCUCAUUUCAAUCUGCCCAUCUCUGAUUACCCUGAAUUAGCUGGUAAACACUCGUAUUGCCGUAAUCCAGAUGAAACAGUAUCUCAACCGUGGUGUUACGUUGACGUCAAUCAUACGAUGCAGAAGGAAUUUUGUGAUAUACCUAAAUGUGUUGAAAACUUAUGGAUCUAUGCAGUCGUUGGUUUUGUGCUAACAGGAGGACUUGUUGUAAUAUUGGUAUGUUAUUGCUGCUGCUAUAGAAGCAGAAAGUCUACAAGGCAGAUGAAUCAUUUGCCAUCUAACAAAAUGUUAACAGGUAUACAAUGUGACAAGAACAUAUACGAUGGAAGACGCAGUACGACACAGCCUAUGGAAAUGAGCUCGCUUUUAGCCGGUCCAGGUAACACGACUCCGGGAACUGGAACAUUAAGCAGUGGUAGCAGUAGAACAUCCAAUAAUAGGGUGCCACAAUUUAGCACCAACAAUGUUGUACUGCUGCAAGAGCUCGGUGAAGGAGCGUUCGGCAAAGUAUACAAGGGCGAACUACAAACGGGUAACAAAUGCGAACCACCGAUUUACGUAGCGGUGAAGACAUUGAAAGAAAACGCAAGUCCAAAAACACAAAACGACUUCAAACGAGAAGUUGAUUUAAUGACGGAUCUCAGACAUCCAAACAUCAUUUGCUUGCUCGGGGUUAUAUUGAAAGGAGAGCCAAUGUGCAUGCUAUUCGAAUACAUGACCCAAGGUGAUCUACACGAGUUUCUGAUUUGUCAUUCGCCGAGGUCGGACGUUCCGUUGAACAACGGAAGCGGCAAGAUCUUAGAGCAACCAGAAUUUUUACACAUCGCUUUGCAAAUUGCGUCUGGUAUGGAAUACUUAGCGAGCCAUCAUUAUGUCCAUCGAGACUUAGCUGCAAGGAAUUGUUUAGUCGGGGAUAACUUAACUGUUAAAAUUUCUGACUUUGGAUUAUCACGCGACAUAUAUAGUAGCGACUAUUAUAGAGUUCAGUCUAAGAGUUUGUUACCUGUUCGAUGGAUGCCUCCAGAGUCAAUUGUUUAUGGGAAAUUUACUACAGAGUCGGACGUUUGGAGUUUCGGUGUUGUAUUAUGGGAAAUUUACAGUUACGGUUUGCAGCCGUAUUAUGGUUACAACAAUCAAGAAGUGAUAGACAUGAUACGUUCACGACAAUUAUUACCUUGUCCCGAAGAUUGUCCCACCAUGAUUUACAGUCUAAUGAUAGAAUGCUGGCACGAGGUUGCGAAUCGUAGACCGCAGUUCCCAGAGAUACAUCAUCGGCUACACAAUUGGUACAUAAAUCAGACUUACCUGAGCGAUUUCUGUAAUGAGUCCAUCACAAGCUACUCCGGAAGUAGCCACAAGAGCACGAAUAAGACCAAUUCUACGCAACUGUCGGCACCCAUAUACAAAUGCGACCAGAAGGACAUGAGUAACUUCAAGGGGAACAUAGAGCAACCGUUCUGCAACAUGAGCGAACACACUAACGGGCUGAAGAUGCUACCACCGAGCUUCCAGAACUCGAACUCCAUCGAGCAGAGACCGAAUUGUGGUUUCAGUGAGCACAGUACGCCGAUGAAAACUCCGAAUUAUCCUAAUCAAACGAACAUUAACUUGAACGAGUACGACGAUAAACAGUGCUGUUCGCCGAAACUGAGCGGAGCCAAGAAGGUUCUGCCGCCAACGACGCAGCAGGUGGUCAAAACGAAUACGUUAAACGGUACCAGACCUAUGCAGAACGGCGCACAAUUAGUCGUCAGGUUACCAGACCCCAGCAAGGUGACGACCGAGACCAGGGUAUCCAAAUGAGAACGGUAAUCAAUGAUCCUUAUGAUCACGACGAAUUUUUAUGUUUCUAUAUAUUUACCGUAAUCGCUGUACAAGGUAUCUAUACGGUCCGUUUCUAGGUACAAUUGAAUCUUUAAAGCUUUUGGGGCAACGUUCGUUAAAGCAAUUAGGUAACACACAACCGUCAAUACCUAAUCACUGCCAUAUUUCUGCAUUUAUAUUUAUUUCUACCGGAAUAUAUGUGACAUUUUAUACUGGCAAUAACAUUUUUGAUGGUGCAACUUUAACGUUUUAUACAUAUACAGAAAUACGUACAUACGUGUAGGCAUACGUGUAUGUACGUUUUAUACAUACGUGUUCGCAUACAUAUUAUAAGCAGUGGUGGUACUCGAAACAGUUAAAAAACCGGGAAAAACAGAAAUCAGUAUCUUUUAUUUAAUUUAAAAAAGGAAAUAUAUUCUUCGAAACUUAACAUAUUUUUAUUGACCUACUAGUCUUUUCUUAUUUAUAUAUUUUAUAUCGUAUGUUUACCGCAAAGGCUACUGUUAACUUUUUACGGCAAGUUUUAAAUAAAAUUGAACUUUAAAAGAUGUUUAGGCAAAACUUUUGAAUCCCAUCACUGAUUAUAAAUAAAUAUAUACAGUGUAGGCUGUAGACUACCAUUAAUGUUCCCCCUCUAUCAUUUCUUGAAUUGUAUUUGAAAGUAUUAGGCAUCCUGUUAAUAUGUAUUUAAACAUACCUAACAGAAAUUCACUCGUACAUUAAUUUCGUGUAAGUAUACACCCAACUAAUAUUUCAUCUAUAUUAUACUAGAGUAACAAUAUUGGGUGCCACUCCUACCGGAGGAACAAAAUUGUAAAUCAAACAAGCCGCGAACUUUUUAUGGUAAUUUUUACUGAUAUUUUUGCAAACCAGUGAAUCGUGAAUUUUUUACUGAGAUAUUGUUGCUAAGAUAUAAUAUACCUGUAAUAACAGUUGCACUUGUAAUAUUGUGUGCUUACCAGACUGAGAAUAAGUAUUUUAGAAGUUAAACUUUAAACGAUUUGCGAAACUAAUCCUCUCCCCUCUAAAAAAUGGCACAAUAAUAAAUUAUCAUCUGUAUGUGUAGUGGUAGGUUGUUCCCUGUGGAAGGGACGAUUUGAAAUGUGAUCUCUUUAGCGUCUGUUAAACAAUUAUUGCAUAAAUAGAGGCGGACGUGCGUAGACUGUUUCGAUUAAUUUCGGGGUAAACAAAAAUGUAUGAUAGCGUCGUUCACAGGAAUGAAUCCAAAUAAUCCAAUCUAAUUGCUUCAUUAUAUUAUUUAACCGAACUUCACGAUUUUUCUACUGCCGACUUUACAUGUAUUUUUUCUGCUUUAAGACUUCACCUACCGGGAGCCUUUUCAACAGGCACUUUAAGGAGACCGCUGUGUCCGAACAAGCCGAAUGAUUUUAUUUUAAACAGCAAUCCAUAAAGAUGCGAACGGACUAUAUAUUACUUAAGGCAGCAUCUUACAUUUCGUGCAAAGGAAAUCAGAUCUUUCGUUUUUAAACGCCGGUAGAUGAAGUAUUAAAAAUCGGGAUUCGCAGAUUUUCAGGAAGAACGAAACACAGGAAGACCACAUGUUCUAUUACUGUUGUUGAUGACUGGGUAAUCGCUGAUACAAUAUUUUGAGCUGUUCAAUUGCGUUAGAUAGCGAUGCAGAUCUAUAUGUUCAUAGAAAAUCUUCAUUCUAGAAGAUCCAGCGAGCGUGAGAGCGAUAGCGAAUGCCGAUCGUGAGAAUUCGACGACGUUCAGUAACAAAAUAAAGUCGUCAACGACACCAGUGUGUAAAUUAUACGCGGAAUCAUUUAUUGUUCGCGUGUGCGGAGCGUGGAACAUGGCAGCCGGAGGAGAUGUUAAUGCGCGCAGGCUGUUCAGAACUGGUCCGAAAGUCGAAUCACGGGAAUAUGGACAAAAAAAAAGAAGGAAUAGUAACGAUUGUCUUCGACGACAGCAUGAACAGCACUGUGUCGUGAAUAAACUAAUAAUAAUCGACGAGAUUAGUGCUGUAGAAAUUCAAAUGUUCGAACUGCUUCUGUGCAAACUGACUGAUCGAACUCCAAAUUGUUGAAUAUAAUGUUCUUAAUAGGAACUAUCGAACAAUAGAUUUCAACUUGUGCAAAAUAUUUGCUUGGAUUUUUUUUAGAUAUCUUUUGCUAGCAACUGUAAAAUAUUUUAUUUCAUUUAACUUUUAUUGCUCUUCAUUUUUAAAUGCUGAUUUAAAUUCAUCAGACGUCUCUCUUGGUUUCUGAAUAAUUCUAAUUUUCAUAGGAAUACAAUUUUUAUGUUUGGCGACUUGAAUGGCAGGUUUUUAGAUUUUAAACCAGAAAUAUAGAGCUACUUUUCUGGCAGUUAUUCAAAUUAUUUGAAUAAUGAUUUAAUCGUGGCUACCAUUGAAUAAUGCAAACCAAUAUUGCAAACUGAAAAGCUAAGAAUAAUUGUUCGACAGUUCUUUGAUUAAUAAUUCAACAGUUGUUUAUAUUUGCUGUAUCUCGGAAUUUGUACAGUAACUUCACGUUCAAAGUAGUUCGAACUUUAUUUACAGCCCUAAAGGGAAGCAUAGAGUGAGAAGCGGACCUUGCACGGUCAAUUAUAUUUUUGUUGAGCGUGAAAAGUAGCGAGAAGUGUGAGAUUGCGUGUGAUCGAAACGAAAAAAUAUAAUCGCGACGCGCAGAAUACAGUAAUUUCUACCUAAUUGACGCUCGGCUUUGAAACAAAAGUGGACGAUUUGGGAAAAGCAGGCUCGAAUAAUCGAGCCUUGCGGCUCGUUUCUAUAGUUGAGACCUUUUUAUAAGUCGAGUUCCCAAAUUGUCCAUUUUUGUGCGCAAUCCGAGCGCGAAUUAGGGAGAAACGACUGUAAUACGAGCGUUGAGCCGGAGAUGCGUGUUGCCAGCAUCGUCGAGACGAUGUCAUUGGCCGUGUCAGGGUCCGUUAGAGAGCUUGGAACGAAAUCUGUAUUAUACUUUUUAUAAUUUUCUAUUAAAAGGAACCAGCGCGCGCGCGGAGUGUUUCAUCGGCUGUAAGGAAAGGGGGCGGGGAGCGCGCGCCGCCCCCGAAAUCGAUGUAAAUUAGAUACGUGGAGAUCAUUAGAAUAACGUAACGGUUAAGUUGUGGAGCGAGACUUUUUUAUGGUGACGAGCCUGCAACAUGGUGAUUGUAUUAUUAAUUGUAUUGUAAACACUCCCGCGGCCGCGUCGGAGGCUCGUCACCGGUUAGAGUUAAGUUAAUUUAUAUCAACUACGUCGACGAGUAUAGUACACUUAAGAUAUAUAUAUAUAUAAAUAUAAAUAUAAAUAUAUAUAUAUAUAUACAUACAGUCAACUAUGAUAUAAACGAUACAUGUUUUUUGUA